UUUUUUGUUGUAUGCGAUAUCACAUGAUUAUUUGUGAUGGUUCCGGUUGGGGUACAAUAUGUAAACAAUGAGGAUUUUAAAUGUGUGCGUGAUUGGACAUUCUCACAUCAGAAGAUUAAGAGAUUAUGGUAUGCAGACAGAAACAGACAAUCUAAAUUUGGACCCUGAAGUGUUUAAAGUAUCAUUUAGAGGAAAAGGCGGUUUGAGAUUAAACAAGCGUGUCUUCAGAUCGGAGAUUCUGCAUUUUGACUCAAUUCCCGAUGUGGUGUUUUUACAGAUUGGUGAAAAUGAUAUCUGUGAAAAUACAAACAGUGAGAAAUUAGCUAGGGAUAUUAUAUCUGUGGGACAGUAUUUAAGAGAUUGGGUUGGAGUAAAGGUAGUGAUAAUAGGCCAGUUAAUUCGCCGAAUGCAGUUUGCAUCAUGCCAAAAUUUUGACGUCUUUGUGGUUCAGACUAAUGAACAUUUGAAACGUUUUGCUGAACCACUUGGUGGAAUUUAUUUCUGGGGACAUCGGGGUUUUUGGAAGGAUUUUCAUUAUUUAGGCCCGGAUGGUGUCCAUCUGCUGUGUACCCCUGCCGAGGACCAGCCCAUGAGGAAGUUUCGCCGCAGCAUUAGGAAUGCGGUGAUCCUGCACUCAAAAGUUUUGAGGCCACCAUUAUGCCACCCAAAAAGAGAGCCAGGAGAGAUGAUGUGGCAACUGGAGGAUUACCACCAACAACACCACCAACUGAAGUAAAUAAGGGGAAAAAAGGGCCAAAAAGAACCCGAAAACAGUCGGAGAAUGACACUGUCAAGGUGCUACCAAAUAUUGAUUAUGAACUUCUGGCAAAAGAAAUUGUAAACCAACAAAAAGCUGAUAGUGAGAAACAAAACAUCAGUGA